AUGACUGAUGAAAAAAAUUCAAUUCAUGGUGGAAGUCAAUCAAGUGACGUUGAUAAUUUUAAUGAAGGCUUUCAUCUAAGUGAAAAGCAAAAAAAAAUUUUCUAUGCAAUUUGUAAUGUUUUCAUAACUGAAUUAAAAUUAGGUCAAUUAAACUUUGAAAGUAAAGAAGAUUUUUCGAAAAGAUUAUUCGAUCGUCUUUUAAUAACCGCUCCACAACAUCAGCUUAUUCGAAUUAGUUCAAUGUUAAAAAAAAUGUCUAGUAAAGGAAUGACUAAUUAUUCAAUGACAAAUUCAACUAAACUUUUUCAUGAACUUGAUUUAAAUCAACGUGCGGCUGCUGUUGCUAAAUGGAAUACCAGUCAAAAGGCUUCAAUUAGACAAUUUUAUAAAACUAUUUUUAAUCUGACUUGUUCUGCCUUUUGGUUAAAUCCUUAUGACUUUUACCCGGCAAUUGGAUAUCCAGGACCUGAUCCUGAAAUCAAUGGAUCAAGAUUCAAAGGACGUACAUUCCCAGAAUAUGAAUUUAUUGAAAUUACGGAAGAUACAAAAAAUUUGGAAUUCGAUGUUGUCAUCGUCGGUUCUGGAGCAGGUGGAAGUGUAGCUGCUGCACGGUUGGCAAGAAAGUCUGGUAAUUCUGUGCUUGUUAUCGAAAAAGGCCAUUAUUAUCAUCAAAGUGAGUUGACUUUGAAAGAGAAAGAUGGUUAUGAAAAAUUAUAUGAACUUGGAGGUGGAAUGCUUUCGGAAGAUAGUAGCAUGGCUGUUUUCUCCGGUUCUAACUUUGGUGGAGGUACCACUAUCGGUUGGUCCACUUCAGCUGAGCCAAGUCAUUUUGUUCGUGAAGAAUGGGCCAAUAACUUUGGGUUAACUAAUUUUAUGGAGGAUGAUUAUAAUGAUUCUCUAAAAACUAUUCAAAAUCGAUUAGGUGUCGGUACUACCAAUAUUAUUCAAAACGAAAGCAAUAAAAUUCUUAUUAGCGGUUGCAAAAAACUUGGUGCUCCGGUUGCCACUGUUUCGCAAAGCUCCGCGUCUAAACCACAUGAAUGUGGUUGGUGUGGCUUCGGUUGUCGAUAUGGUGAAAAACAAAGUGCUGUAAUGACAUAUUUAAAAGAUGCUAAAGAAUAUGGUGUUAAAUUUAUACAAGAUUGUUUUGUCGAAAGAGUCCUCAUCGAAAAUAGUAAGGUUGUUGGCGUUGAAGCCACCGUCAACAAGGGUGAGAUAAAAUUCAGAAUUAAUGCCAAGAAAGUCAUCGUUGCUUGCGGUGGUCUCCAUAGCCCUGCUUUACUUUUGCGAAGUGGACUUAAGAACAAGAAUAUUGGCAAGAAUUUAUUCACAAAUCCUAUUGCUGCCGUCUAUGGUAUAUUCCCUAAUAAAGAUGUUAAAACUUACUCUGGAACUAUCCAAAGUGCGGUAUGUGACGCCAAAGAAAACGUUGAUGGGGAACACUAUGGUGCAAGAAUAUUCGUUGGAUCUUAUCACCCCGCCACGAUGUCUACAAGUUUCCCUUGGAAAUCCUCAUUACAACAUAAACAAUUUAUGCUCCAAUAUAAUCAUAUUGUUCCGCUUCUUACCAUAACUCGUGACAGAGAUCCGGGUCAAAUCAGAACUGAUUCCAGUGGUCUUCCAAAAUUAGAUUAUAAAUUAAGUCAGCAUGAUGCUGAUAGCGCCAUUGCCGGAUUACAGACUAGUCUCAAGAUUCUUGUUGCUGCUGGAGCGACUAAAAUUGGAACUUGUCAAGCUGAGGUAGAAGAAUUUGAGAUCACGGGAGAAAAUCCAUUGAAUGAUGCAAAAUUUUUACAAUAUCUUGAGAAAGUUAAGAAAGUCGGAGUUUCUUCUGGACAAGCUUGCCUUAGUAGUAUACAUCAAAUGGGAACUUGUCGAAUGGGAGAUGAUCCGGCUAAAUCAGUGGUAAAUCCUUUGGGAGAAACAUGGGAGGUAAAAAAUCUUUAUGUCGCAGACUCUAGUGUAUUCCCUACUUCAGCUGGUGCUAGUCCAAUGAUAACAACAAUGAGUAUAGGAUUCUAUGUUGCAAAAUGUAUCCUUGCCGAAAAAGAAUUUGUUAAGAAGAGGCAAAGUUCAAUAAUUUUCGGUACAAGUCUAAACGGUACAGUUAUUGAUAAUACCACUGUUGAGAAGAGGACAUCAAGGAGAAGAUCAAUUCUUUCGUCGUUUAGUUCAAAACGCUCUUCUACUGCCAAUUAA